ACAUGACACAGCAAUCGCCGAUCGACAUCGACCCGCAUGCGGUCAGAGAGAUCAUAAUGGAUCACUACGCUGGUCACAUCGACCUUACUCUCGGGAGCGGCCCCGGUCAGUUUGAGCACGGGUACACCAACUUCAAGGUGAAGUGGACCGGAGACGACAACACUGUGCUGAAGCUCCGAGACGGCCGCGAGUAUCGCCCGAUUCAGUUCCACUUUCACGCACCAUCCGAGCAUACGCUACAAGGCCACCACUUUCCCUUUUGCAUGCACCUGGUUCACCAAUCGAACGACGGACACUUGGCGGUCGUGGGUGUGUUUUUUGAAAUCGGCGACGAAAGCGAGUUCUUAAACCAGUUCUGGAAUGUCCUGCCGGAGCUCGACCCCCAAGGCGUCGACGUCGCAGUGGACAAGAUCUCGUUUGACUCGCUGUACUUGGCAUCGGUCGUGACGGACGAAGCGUUCUACAGAUACCAGGGAUCGCUCACGACGCCACCGUACACGGAGGGCGUCGAGUGGAUUCUCGUCAAGGACCCACGCACCAUGUCCGCCGCGCAAUUGCAGCAUUUCAUCGACAUUCUCCCCGGCGACUCGAACGCGCGCGACCUCCAGCCACUUGAAGAUGCCGCGGAUCGGCUUCUUUUUUGCUGUGUUGCCUAGGCACCCGCGGGUAUUUGGGUUAACUUGAAAUGGAUCUUCAUUAACUACACCA